UGAAAAACAACUUAAAUCCAUGUUGAUGUUGCUGCAAAUCCUUCCUGAGUUCACCACAGUACCAGAAACACACCCACUGUCUGUCUCAAUGCAUUGCUUGGCUUGUCUUCCUGUCACACCCAACACACAACAACUUUCUCAACAUUCAAAAUCCCCUCCAAAACAACAAUUGUCCCCAAACAACAACACCACAAUCCAUAACCACAUCUCAUUCCUCUGCAAACAUGUUCGAAUCAAAGAAGCCAUUAACACACUCUCCCAUUUGCAACACAACAACAUAGGACCCAACAUUUACGGUGAACUCCUCCAAGGUUGUGUCUAUGCAAGAGACCUUAACUUAGGUCUUCAAAUCCAUGCCCACAUCAUCAAAAAAGGUUCUUUUUUUACAACAAACGAGUACAUUGAAUCCAAACUAGUUAUUCUCUAUGCCAAAUGCGGCGUUACUGACGCCGCAUUUCAUCUAUUUCGUAAUGUUGUUAAAAACCAGAAUCUUUUCUCUUGGGCUGCCAUUUUGGGCCUGCAAGCCCGAACGGGCUUUUCCAAAGAAGCGCUUUUGAGUUAUGUUGAAAUGAUGGAGAAAGGGUUUUGUCCUGAUAAUUUCGUUGUUCCGAAUGCUUUGAAGGCUUGUGGGGCAUUAAAAUGGGUUGGAUUUGGAAAAGGGGUUCAUGGGUUUGUUGUGAAAAUGAAUGAUUUUGAUGAUUGUGUUUAUGUUGCGACGAGUUUAGUUGAUAUGUAUGGGAAAUGUGGGGCUUUCGAGGAUGCGGAGAAGGUGUUUGAUGAUAUGCCUGAAAAGAAUGUUAUUGCUUGGAACUCGAUGAUUGCAGCUUAUGCACAAAGCGGAAUGAACAUGCAGGCCGUUGGGCUGUUUAAAAAGAUGAGAUUUCAGGGCAUUGAACCGACUGAGGUUACAUUGUCGGCAUUUUUUUCGGCUUGUGCUAAUUUGAAAGUGGCGAUCGAGGAAGGAAAACAAGGGCACGCUCUUGCUGUUAAAAUGGGGUUUGAGUUAGGUAACAUUUUAGGUAGCUCUAUUUUGAAUUUUUAUUCUAAGGUUGGUUUGAUUGAGGAGGCUGAGUUAGUUUUUAGAAAUAUUAUGGUUUUGAAAGAUGAGGUGACUUGGAAUUUGAUGAUAUCUAGUUAUGUGCAGUUUGGAAUGUUUGAGAAGGCACUUGAGAUGUGUAGUUGGAUGAGGGAGAAAAACAUGAGGUUUGAUUGUGUGACGUUGUCUUCUUUAUUGACUAUUGCUGCGGAUACAAGAGAUGUAGAGCUAGGUAAGAAGUUGCAUGGGUUUUGCAUUAGGAAUGAGUUUGACUCUGAUGUGGUUGUGUUGAGCGGCGUUGUAGAUAUGUAUGCGAAAUGUGGGAUAAUGGAUUGUGCAAGAGGAGUUUUUUGUUCAGCGAAGAAGAAAGAUAUUGUGUUGUGGAACACGAUGUUGGCAGCUUGUGCGGAGAACGGUUUGAGUGGCGAGGCUUUGAAGUUGUUCUUUCAAAUGCAACUGGAGAGCGUUCCUCCGAAUGUUGUUUCUUGGAACUCUUUGAUUUUUGGUUUCUUUAGAAAUGGUCAGGUUGUUGAGGCUCAAGAAAUGUUUUCCGAAAUGCAAUCAUCAGGUGUAACGCCUAAUUUGAUCACAUGGACUACUAUGAUAUCUGGCUUGGCUCAAAAUGGUCUUGGUCAUGAAGCUAAUACAGUUUUCCGGCAAAUGCAAGAUGCAGGGGUGAAACCUAAUAGCUUAAGCAUAACUUCCGCACUAUCAGCAUGCACAGAUAUGGCAUCAUUGAACUAUGGGAAGGCAUUUCAUGGGUAUGUUAUGAAGAAUUUCAUGUCUUUUUCUCUUCAAAUUACAACCUCUAUUAUUGACAUGUAUGCUAAAUGUGGAAAUUUAGAUCAUGCAAAGUGUGUUUUUAUUUUAUGUUCAACAAAGGAAUUGCCUGUGUACAAUGCAAUGAUUUCAGCUUAUGCCUCACAUGGUAAAUCUGCAGAAGCCCUUACACUUUUUAAAGAAAUGGCGAAAGAAGGUAUAGUGCCAGAUCACAUCACUUUUACUAGUGUCUUGUCGGCAUGCAGCCAUGGGGGAUUGCUAAAGGAGGGCCUAGAGCUUUUCAAAUAUAUGGUGUCUGAACUUCAAAUGAAGUCAACCGAGGAACACUAUGGUUGCUUGGUUAAACUCCUCGCUAACAAUGGCCAGUUAGAUGAAGCUCUUAAGAUCAUCUUAACAAUGCCAAGUCCUCCAGAUGCACACAUAUUAGGAUCUCUACUUGCUGCUUGUGGACAGAAUCAUGAGACUGAACUUGCAGAUUAUAUAGCAAAAUGGUUACUGAAAUUGGAGCCAAAUAAUCCAGGGAAUUAUGUAGCUCUUUCAAAUGUGUAUGCAAGUUUAGGAAAAUGGGAUAAAGUAUCAAACAUAAGGGGCUUCAUGAAAGAAAAGGGACUAAAAAAGAUUCCUGGAUGUAGCUGGAUUGAAGUUGGACAAGAACUUCAUGUAUUUAUUGCUAGUGAUAAAUCGCAUCCUGAAAAAGAGGAGAUUUAUAUGAUACUGGAUUUGUUGGGAUUUGAUAUGUAUUAUGCUAAAUCUAACACUUUGUAUAGUUCCCCUUGUAAUACAAUAGACCUCACUUCUCUGAAGGAAUUUCAAAUGUGACUUGAAAAAAGGCUAAAGUUAAGUAGAAGCCAAACUUAAAGCCGAGGAAGUAAAACGAGCUGCGUUGGAAGUUGAGAGAGAAACAGCAAUGGAAGAAGCUGAAAAAAUAGCAGCAGAAGCUGAAAGAAAGAAGAGUGGGAAAGGAUGCCAUAGAAAUUAGUUCUAAAACGGUUACUUCUGAAGCGACCCAAGAUACGGCAUCAAGCCUAUCAAAUACCAAAACCAAGGAAUCUGGUUAUGUAUAUCGAGCUGCAGUGAGGCUACAGAAACUGAAAGAGCUGUGCGAGAGAAACCAAGUUAUAAGAUCAAUUUCUAAACAGUAAUAUAUACCAGGCAUGAGAUUCGUAUUUUCCAAAAUAUAAGGCAAAUAAUGGGCAAGGGAGACAAUGUUAGAUCAAAAGCAAAUGAACCUAUUAAGCUUUUGAACGAUCGUCAAUGUCCUCAAUCAUUCUGCGUUGAGAUAUUUGUUAAAAAGAUUGUUUCAUCCUGUACAAAACCUAAUAAUGCCCCAUUUGCAAAUGCAUAUCUCAUUGUUCUCAUUUCAUCUCAGAUCCCACAUACAUUGGAUAAUGGAUAUUUUCCUAGCUGAGCUUCAUAAGGCUUGCAUAUACACCAUCCCAAAGCACAUAGUUUACCAAUCAGGUGGUUAUCAAAAGAGGUAUACUUUAGAAGUAUUGGUUAUCAAUCAGACGACACAAAUUUGGAGUGUACAGAAAAUUAUCUAGAUUGGCUAAAAUCAUAUAUGAAGCUAUAUGGUGCACUAGUUCAGACUAAAAUUCCGAACAUUCAAAAUCCUCGCGGCUUGCAAGAAGGUUGGGCGUGGCUUGCAACUUGCAAGGUUCUUGAAUUCUCUGCCAGGUGCCAGCCAAUAUAUAUACAGUUAAUUCGCCCUAUGCGUUAUUGGAAAUGGCUGGAUAUGCUCUAUAUAAAAGAUAUAAAUCUCAGUUCAUGAAGAUGUUGAAUGUAAUCUCAGACCACUUUUUAGGUAAUCUGAAAUUACAAAAUGUACCAGAAUUGAACCAGAUUAUUUUACA